UGCCUUCGAUGUUUAGAGCCACCGUCUAAAUGCAACGACGCGUGUAAUUCACGCUCCGCUUGGCCAUAAUAUUUCGCCAUCGUCUUCUUUCCUCUGAUGAUCAACUCUCUCCCCUUUUCACUAUUCCAACUCACCCUCUCUCCUUCUCUCCCGCAAAAGCCCUAAUUUGAUCCCUCGCCGUUAAAAAUUGGGGUUCAGAUGGACAAACAAGACGAGGAAGUGCCGAUGAGGAUCUAUAAAGGCUCGAAUUUCACGGGAGGUUGCUUAGAGAUACGUUUGUUCUACGUACGGAUUGCUCCUUGUACAGUUGACGCCGUACCAAACCACCUAAUUCUCCGACAUCUCCGCCGUGAGAUGGGGGUGUGGUUGGAGAUAAACGGGUCUCGCCUCCCUGCCUCCGAUGCAGCCUCGAUCACGCUCCGCCUCGAUCGCGCCGAUAAGGAUUCAUCGGAGGUAACUUACGUGAGCACCGACAACGUCAGGGUUUCCGGGCCGGUGGAAUUUGAGGUGCAGGAGAUGAAAGAUGUGUUGAUUCUGUGUGGGUCGUUGGAGAGGGUGGAGACGCCGUGGAAUAAUGGGAAUGGGUCGGAGAAUUCCUCCAGAACUGGCUGGAGCAUGGAUUGCUACACCGCGGCUUCCCUUGUAUCCGGUGGAUCGUCCUUUUUUCAUCCUAAGCUUAGUUUUUGCUCACCCUCGAUCGAGGUUUACAUAGCGGGAUGCUGUUCCGGUGUGCCGGUGAUCCUGACGAAGACUAUUCAGGUUAGCCCACGAAAGAAGUUGUUGAGGCAGGGGAUGCUGGAUGCUAUUCCGGAGGAUGAGGAAAUCUGGAAGGAUCAAAGGAGUGUUAAUGGAUUGGUUCUACAACGUAAAACACCGAUAGCAGAGGCAGAUAUGGAUGAUUACGGUUUAGAUGAGAAAGCUGUACAUGGCUCAUAUUAUGACGGAAUGUACCCUGGUGAAGAUGGGCAAUUGUCCUGGUUUAAUGCUGGCUUGAGGGUUGGCGUUGGAAUAGGCCUUGGGAUGUGCGUAGGCGUUGGUAUUGGUGUAGGACUUCUUAUGCGAUCUUAUCAAGCAACCACCAAGAACCUACGAAGGAGGUUUUUCUAGAUCUGCUGGUUUCAAUGCUAAGAGUGGUAAUAUCCCAUCCAGAUUGGAAUUGUAAACCUUUUCUGAUCUUUUUUGAGUAUUAGCAAGCAUCAAAGUGGCUCUGAGGACAUGAAGAUUGGAAAUGUGAUCAUUUUGGACAUGUUUUGGCAGCUGCUCAAGUCUUCAACCUUAUAUUGUAAGUUGGCUAUAGUGAAAGGAUAGUAGGCAGCAAAUAAUAGCAAUGAUGUUAGUAGUGGGGUUGUUUAAAGUGUAUGUAGUUGAGCAUUUGUGUAAAUAUUUGCUUGGUUAGAAGAGUGUUUUUGUUGUUAGUGCCAUUCUCUUGUGAUUGGGUUUGCAUAGCUUACAUUUGUGAUUCAAUUUUCCCCUUAAAAAAGUGAUGAGGUAGGGUAAAGUGUGUGAAGCUAGUUCACAUUGAUGUAUAUUAGUCUUUGAAAGUGUAGUUGAGUUACAAGUGGGAUGUAUAUUUUGUAGUUCCUAGUACUAGUAGUAAUAGUAGUUGUAGGUAGGUGAUUGAUAAUUUUGAAGUGAAAAUAGCAGCAUUUUCAGAACGCAGUUA